GACCAGGACUUGCUCGCCAUGUCUGAGAAAUCCCACCGCCUCUACGUGAAGGGCAAGCACAUUUCCUACCAGCGAGGAAAACGCAACACCAACCCCGGAACCUCCCUUCUCAAGCUCGAAGGCGUCGACGACACGGCAGCGGCACAAUGGUAUUGCGGUAAGCGCGUAGCCUACGUCUACCGGGCCCAGCGAUCAGUACGGGGCACCAAGAUCCGAGUCAUCUGGGGCAAGGUCACUCGUCCGCACGGCAACACGGGUGUUGUGCGCGCCAAGUUCAGAUCUAACCUGCCACCAAAGAGCUUCGGUGCGUCCGUCCGAGUUAUGCUUUACCCUUCUUCGAUAUAAUUUCUUCCGCGUCAUGUAGGGGAGGGGACGGUAGUUGCAGGACAGGGCGGAUGGUGGCGGGUCGACUACAGAAGUCACCGAAACGAGAGGAUGCAAGCGGGGAAGGCUUCAUGCUCAGUUUCAUUCACAUGGCAUGUUUCUGGCUGGUUAAAGGUGUCAUUGCUUUUCGGAAAACACGACAAUGGCAAAAUCAAUCAAGAGUCCUCCCUAGGAUCAAUGGGAAAUGAUCAAUUCCAAACAA